AUGCCACAAAACUCUAUGUCCGUUGUUGCUUUGUCUUCUCCGAAUUUCCUUUGUUUUGUUGCUCUCUGUCUCAGGCUUGGUUUUUGUGUUGUGCGACUUGCUAGUGAGGUGCGAGAGUCUCUUACUGUCUUUUUCUCAAGUCUUGUGGGUCUCAUUGGCUUUUGUUUGGACAUUGAUGGGGGAAGAAGAGGAAGAAGGGUGAGGAUGGCAUGGUGGGCCUUGGACUUCGUAAGUAAUGCACUAACGCAUGAUAGUGCUGAAGUACGUGCUGCGGCUUGCAUUUGUAUAAAAAGUCUCUCUCGGUCAGUCAAGAAAAACAUCAUUCAGUAUUUGAGUGCAGGCCGUUUUGUGAAUGAAUUUGUCAUCACUGCCUUGGUUCAGCUUUUGCAUGACACUUCUGCUUCUGUCCAGUCUAUAUCUGGAUUGCCUGCACAUUCUUUGGAAAUCAGCACUUAA